GAUGCUCUUCUGUCUUGGGAGAGGUGGUGGUGUCUGAGAAGAACAUCUGACGUGCCGAUUCGAGUCAGCUCAGAUCUGGAACUGCUCAUACUGUUUUUCCAGAGAGACAGGUCUCGCCUGAUGACAUAAGAACAUGGCUGAAAAGUCAUUCAAAGUCGGAGAUCGCGUGGAGGUUCCGGGGAAAGAUGCGCUGGGGAAAGUGGCCUUCGUAGGGACGACAGACUUCUCAUCAGGGUUGUGGAUCGGUGUGAUCCUCGACGAGGCCAAAGGGAAAAACAAUGGGACCGUGCAGGGGAAAACAUAUUUCAAUUGUCCGGACAAUUUCGGGCUUUUCCUCCGACAGUCUCAAGUGAAAGCCUUGGAUGAUAUGUCGUCUUCGAGAACCUCGAUCGGAUCGUCUGCGUCCUCUACGGGUAGGCCGUCUACAGGCAGCAAGCUCAGACCACCAACUACGGGACCUCCACGCAAAAUAUCAGCGGGGAGCGAACGGAAGAGCAGCGUGGGAAUCGCAAAAGCACCGAGUCGAGCGGCUAGCAAUCUCUCGGUUGCCGCGUCGGAAAAAUCGAUCGACGACAUGUCGGCUUCCGUGGCUUCGGUCAGCGCGUCAACGAUAGGGAACAUCCAGCUUGAAGCUGAGCUCAGCUCGACGAAGGCAGAGAUUCUAAAAAAAGAUAAGCAGAUCGAGGACCUUCAGGAGAAGCUGGAAACGAUCAUUGCGAAAAGGAGUGAAGAUCGGGAGAAAAUCCGAGAGUUCGAAAAAACCAAAAUCCAGCUGGAGCAGCUGCUCGAGUACAAAGCGAGGAUCACAGAGAGUCAGGCUGACCUCCAGAAGCAACUCGCUCAGGCCAAGAAAGACGCUCAGGAUGCGCUCGACGAGAAGAACCGCCAUGCAGAAGAAACGAGCGAUGUCAACGAAGCGAUCGAAAUGGCGACGCUAGACAAAGAAAUGGCGGAGGAGAAGGCCGAACAGCUCCAGUCUGAAUUAGAAGACCUGAGAGCUCGCUACGAGCUGACAGAAUCCGAAUUGAACCUGUUGAAGAAGGAGUUGGAGUUGAAGGGUCCCGAGUCUGUGGGUGCCGACUACGAAAGAAAGAAGGACGAGCAAACCAUUCAGAAGCUCAAAGACGCCGUCGUCAAGUUGCGAGAUAUCAACGCUACCGACAGAAUCAAAUUGACCGAAACCACAAAGGAGCUCGAGCAGGUCAAGCAAGAUCUCUCCGAAAUUCGUCGGUUGAAUUCGAAGUUGAAUCAGCAAGUCGAUCAAUAUGAGGCUCAAAUCGGAGAACUCCAUGAGCAGAUCGACGCUGCCCUCGGAGCCGAGGAGAUGGUGGAGAAACUCACAGAAAAGAAUCUCACGCUCGAAGAAAAAGUUCGUGAGCUUCAAGAGGCGGUCGAUGACCUGGAAAAGCUGCAGGAGCUGAACGAUGAGCUGCAAGAUACCGCGAGAGAAACGGAGCAGGAUCUGCGGGAAGAAGCUGAGACAGCGAAUGCCAAGUUAUUGGACUCCCACAAGAAGAUCGAAGCUAUGAACUACGCGAUUGCGGACUACGAGCAGACGAUUCAGAAAUUCCGUGAUCAUACAGAGAAUCUUAAGGACAAGAUAGAGGAGCUCCAGAAGCGUCUCGUGGAAGAAACUCAAGACAGAUCGCUCCAAACCGCCACAGAAUCCAUCGACUACAAAGUGAGAUUCGCCGAAACGAAAGCGCACGCUCGAGCGAUCGAGAUGGAACUCCGAAAGCUCGAGGUGAUGCAAGCGAACCAACACGUGACCUACGUCUGUGCGUUCCUCCCCGAUGCUUUCCUUCAACGAGGCGGGGAUCACGAAGCGAUAAAAAUGCUUCUACUCGUGCCUCGAAUCAUUGCCAAGUGCGACAUCCUCACGAGCCAAUUGAGAGAGAAGUUUGCAGCUCCCGAGUACAUUACGAGAGCCAUGGUACUGAAGACGCAUUCCGUAGAGCAGUACACAUACGGAUGCAUGAUGCUCUUCUACCUGUACACUCUCCACGCACUCCUGCAACAAUUCACAAUGGCUUUCAAUUCGUGCAGUGUGGAUUUGUAUCAGAAAUGCGCGACGCUCUUCACCGAGAUGCUGGUGCAAGAGAAACUCAUCGAUUUCUACCUCGACCUCCUGCGCAAAGAUCAACUCGAUGAAAAUGUGCCACUCGACAAACUGGAGAAAGCCGUCAGCUACUUCGAAAGUCUCUACAGUGUCCACCUGUCGUCGGAGAGGGUAGCUGGUUCCCAAUUCAUGGCGGAUCGCCUCAAGGUGAUGAGCGUUUGCUGUUACGCAAUCUUGGCGUGUUUGAAGGCUAUCAAAAGUCUGACGAAAGACAACAGAGACGAGCUUCUGGCACUUCUGGACGACGCGGUCGCACUGACUGAGGAAAUCCAGCAAGUGCUCAAGAAAGUUAAGCGACGCGCACCUCUAGAUCAGAAUGCAGCUAUAGUUCUAGAAACGAACAGCGACCUGCAGGAAGAAGUUUUGGAAUGCUGCCAUAAGCUAGGCCGGGUUUUCAAGGUGUUCUUAGGUUUGCAAAGGUCCGCGAUCCAGACCACGAUUUCUCAAGGAGAGCAGAGCGAAGAGAUCCCACUGGAGAAGUUGAAGGAGCUCACACACGAGGCUACCGACUCCAUUUACGGAAAAGACGAUAACGGGCCGGAGUGUUUGCGCAUGUCACUGAAGGGAGUGCUCGACACCUUGAAUUCUCUGAAUGAAAAGAUACAAGAUGGUUCCCUCGAGAGGGAUUCGUCGACCAUCAUCAAAAUCACUCCCCCAAUUCAGAUUUGCGCCCAGACAGCCAAGGAGAAGGCUAAGGACAUGGAGCAGAUGCGCGUUCGUAUCGAACAGCAGAUGAGCGAUAUUCAGGAGUUGCGAAAAACAAUAAAAAUCAAAACUGAAGAAGUGAGGGAGAUGGCCCUGCGCAAAGACAUGGCAGAGAAGAAAAUCGAUAGCGCCUACAAAGACAUCGAGGAUCAGAGAGACAGACUCCAGAGACAGCUGGACGAGCUGCAGAUCCAAUUGAAGAAGAAAGAAAAAGAGUUUGAUGAGACGACCGAGGUCAUGAACGCAGAUCUCGCCCAUCUCGAGAAAGAGAGACGUGAGCUGAGAAAUCAGCUGAAGGAUCUGACCCGGAGGAACAGCAGCGGUCGAACGGACAUCCGGAGCAGUCCCAUCCAUUCGCCGCAGCAGUCGUCGGCUUCGCAUGCGCCUUCCGCUGGUUUCAUCCCGGUUGCAGAUGGAUACGUCGAGGCCCUACGUGACAGAGUGUACACUCUGACCAAGGCGUUGGAGGUCGAACGGUCGCACCGAUCUUCUCAACAAGUGGACGCCUUAUCUCAACAAGCAUAUCGUCUGAAACCCCUAGGUGUACCGAAAAAUCCCGGCUGGCUUCUGAAAGCCACCAACAUGAAGGACGAGGACCUUCCUCAAGACCAAGCAGAGCAGCGCGCCAAACUGCUAGAGCUCUCGAAGAAGAUUCACUCGAUCAAAGCUCAGUAUCUUAUCGCACUUGCGGAAGGCGGCGUCACGCCCCUCGGAACCGGAAAGGAUGCUGUCACCACCCUCGCACAACACGCCGAACGAGACACCCGUCUAGUUCAGCUCAGAGAGCAGAGCUUUAAAUUGCACGACGAAAUCCGUCGUCUGGUAGCCCAACUCCGACCUGAGCACCACAUCAACACGCAUCUUAGGGAAUUCCCGCAUCCACUCUUCACCAAAGCGAAACUCGAAGGUGACGCCAGCUUAGUGGGCCGAGUCACCGUACCCUCUUCGGAAUCGAAGACUCAGUCCCUAUACGUGGAUUAUCCGAUUAUACACAAAAUUCACUCGUCGAUUCUGGCCUAAGGCGGGAACCGUAGUCAACUUCCCAUCAACCCGUGAUAGCCUCUAGAAAAACAUCUUUUCACCGCCUGUAUGGUUUUCUUCCGUGUCUGCCCCCGCGGUAGGCAAUCUGGUUAUCCGCUGAAUAGAUUCUAUGAAAGUUUGUGAUGAUUUCGGUUUUUGAUGAAGUCUGGCAGAAGGAGACAAUAAACCCUAUUUAUGUAUCGGAA